UGAGAACUUAAAUAAAUGGUCUUGAGCCCAAGAUAGGAGGUACCUUACCUUCUAAUGAGCUACGCAGUAGAAGAUGGUUCACGUGGACUUCGACAUAAUUCCAAACUGCGGGUGUCUCCUGAGCAAAGCAAACGCAGCAAUGGACUCAGUAAAUAUUUACAGUUUCUGAUGAUCCCGUUUCGGGUGGCUUGACGAGAAAGGACAGCCUUUCAAAGCUGUACUUCUCAACCUAAUCGUGCUCUCUGCAAUCGACCUCCAGUCGUCAGCCCUCGAGUCGCCUUCUCUUUUCUCUCACCUACUUCUUCCGCCUUCAUCGAUGGUAACUGUGAGAUAAAUUUGCCGCUAUACAUGAGGUUGCCUUAGAAAGUAUCUUCAUAGUACCUGGGUACCAGUGAAUCGGUCUCUCACCUGUCCCCACCAGCGGGGGCCAGGGUAUACACAUGCCUAAAUACGAGCUCUCUCUCAUUCCUGGCGUGCAGGCGGAAAUCGACGCCAAAUUCCAUCCGGAGGCAGAAUAUGCCGUCCUUCAGCCGCCUGAGUUGGAACAGUGCCAUGAAACACCCGAAAUCAUCUCGUGGUCCCAAUGUCUCGGAGCUUCUCAACUGGUCGGGCCUCUCAAACGCCGACAUGAGCUAGGCGAUCCGACCAUGACCGGGGAACACGCCGGACCGGCUCCGGGUCCCGUAGGAAACCCCAUAGAUUUCUCGCAAGAUAUCCGGGAAGAGGAGGAAAUUGGCUCAUCGCACCCACAGGCCCCGCCGCAACGGGCCACAGUACCAUUUACAUUCCUCUUGUUCCCCCCAGAGAUCCGCAACAUAAUCUACGACAUGUCCCUGGAAUUGCCGGAUUCCCACACACUCUACAGGGACUACAACAGACAGAUCGGGAAGUACUACGUCAGGAGGUCGAUGAGGGUCGAGGAGGAGUUCCCGGUCUACCACGGCCGACUCCGAACCUCCACCAAUCUUACUCCUGUGCCGGGCCAUCAUGAGGGAGUGCCUCCCGGUCCUCAAGACCCGGAACCUGGUUGUCGACCGCCAGCCGCCGUGACUCCCGGGCGCGAGCCGGCCAAGAUGCUCUGCCAGUUCCUCGGCGUCCAGACUCUGCAGAGCCUGCGUUUCCUCGAGGUCCGACUCGCCCUCGGCCACGGAAAGCACGGCAGCGGAUGGGUCUGGUCCGAGCUCCUCGUCGAGCUAGUCGCGAUCCUGCUCCGGAAGAACGUGUUCGAGAAGCUGCGGUUCGUCAUCUCCAUGCACAGGCUGAACGAGCGCCAUCUCUGGUUCGAGGAAGGCGUGUAUCUGGCCAUCAUCCAAAUUGCAGAUCUCGCCAAAAAGAACCUGACGUUCUGGGCUCCCGGCAAGGUCGAGGUGGAGGUUUGGAUGGUCAUCCGUGAUACUACUUACAAGAUAGAUCUGUCUAAUACAGCUCGCUUAAGUCUGGGCGGAGAGACUCGGCAUUAUCCAGACAAGUACAUCUGGCCGGGCUCCUCGAGUUUGUUUGACUUCUUAUGAUUGCAAGACCAUCCAGGGGGGUGUGGUUGGGCGAUGUAUGAAGAUGUAAGCUAACACAUCCGGUUUUGUCACGGUGUAGGUGAUUGGUUUUUGGGGAGGGAAACGACUUAAAGACUCGCAACCAUACCCCAUGAGUUAUG